GUGAAGUCAGGCACAAAACUAGCUGUCACAGGUUGACCACCAAAGGAACACCAGAAGAAGAAAAAGAAAAAAACCAUAGAACCUUCCAUGGAUGAGAAAAAAAUUUAAAAUUUAAAAAAAUCCGAAAAAAAUCGGAAUCCACAACGGAGUUGAACCCAUGUCUUUGAUACCAUAAACAUGGAUAGCCAACAGCAGCAACAGUUUUCCUUGGUUUCAGGCCUACCACCGCCGCCACCGGCCUCAUCGUCAGCCUCCUCCUCCCUGGGCCAGGCUCAAAUAUGCACCACCGCCAUGUCAAAUGCCUUGAACUCCAGCGGGGAAUAUGUCAAUGUACCCUCCUCCUAUGUGACCAUUGGCAUGCUACCUCAACAGGGAUCGGCGGCCAAUGCCAAUGUAUCCAUGGCCUCGAACAUAUCAACACCAAACUCAUCAACAUCGACCUUUAAGACCCCUCUGCUGCCCAUGCCCACCCUGGAGGAUAUUGAGGUGGGUCUAAUGGGUUCCCAGGCCAGCGGCAUGCCUCAGGGUAUUCUAAAAUACCCGGCAACAUCAUCUUCAAUACCGCCACAGGGUAUAGGUCCUGGGCCGCCAAAUGUGAUUUCCUCCAGCGGCAAUCCUCCACUUUCCCACAUCCCCUCCCAUGGCCCGGUGACAGGACACAACAUGUCAAUACCACCGCCACCCAGUAAUAUCAGCUUGGGUCCAAAUGCACCAGCUCCACCACCACCCGCCGCAUCCAGCUCCAGCCUGGUGGAUGCCUCCACAUGUGGUACGCUGAAAAGUUCUGCCAAACUGCAAACACCCGCCACUCUCUGUACCAGCACAACAGCAACAAGCGGCCUACCCGGACCCCCAAUGGGUGGCGGCGGCGGCGCGGCCAUUGCCGUGUCCAGCAGCAACAACAUCAACACGCCCAGCAGCAGUACAGUGCCUUUGAAUCUCCACAGCACCACUGCCAACUCGAGCAAGACCAGCAGCCGUAGCAAUCUUCACCAACGACCACCCGCCUCACCGAAAUGCUGUUCGUGUUUUGGCAGCAGCAACAGCAGCAGUUCCAUGCAAAGGGGGCGGGGCAGCUCCAACAAAUCCUCCUCAUCGAUGUCCAUGAAAUCCAAUGCGGGUCACACAUACACGCAUAAAUCGAACUCCAAGGGCCACAGGCGGCACAAUGUGCAGACAUUCUGGUCAGCCCUGCUAACGAAUUUGGGUAUCUGUGCUCUCUUGCUGGCCUACACAUUACUGGGUUCUUUUAUAUUUUUAACAAUUGAAAGUGAAGAUGCCACUCUGUUGCAGCAACAAAGGACUCUGGCCUCGACGAAGAGGAAUAUUGGGCCGCACAAGGCAACGCCAGGCCAACCAGGACCGAUUGCAGUUAACAACAACAACAAUUUAUAUCACACACAACACCAACAACCACACCAUACGGACAAUGGCACAAUGAAUGCAGCGGGUGUUCCCUACUCCUCCUCCCCCUCCAAUGGAGUACCAGCAUCCUCAUCAUCAUCCUCUUCACCCUCGCAAAUGAUGGAGGGUGUCAUCUCAUUGAAUAACAAUGAUUUCAGUUACGGUGAUGAGUUCACACCUCAGUAUGCCCUGUCGCCGGACACCUAUGAUGUACGCCAAAGGACCAUAGAAAAUAUCUGGGAUAUCACGGUAUCCUUGAACAUUUUGUACAAGGAGAACUGGACAAAAUUGGCCGCCCUGGAAAUUGCCAAAUUUCAGGACCAAUUAAUUAAGAGACUGAACGAAGAUGCCAUGUUGCAAUUAACGCAUGACACCGAUGUUAAUGGCCAGACACCGGCCACCGAAGCAGUGCUGCUGUUCCAUCAGCAUGGCCUGUCACCGCAUCAUCUGCACCAUCAUCAUCAUGAGUGGAAUUUUGCCAGGGCCUUUUUGUAUUCGCUAACGGUGCUGACCACAAUUGGUUAUGGCAACAUUGCGCCUCGCACCACCCUGGGCCGUUUGGUUACCCUGGCCUAUGCAUUUUUCGGCAUACCCCUGACCCUGGUGUAUCUCUCCAGCACGGGUGGCAUUCUGGCCAAGGUGGCCCGCGAAGUAUUCUCCAAGGCGUUGUGCUGCUGCCUAUGCUCCAACUGUGGCUACUGUUGUUACGACGAAAAGCGUAUGGCCGAAAAGGAGAGGCGUAUGAAACGCAAACGCCAACAGGAAGAGUUGCGCAAACAACAACAAGCUCUGCAGGAACCCUACUACGUACGCUCCGGUUCAAUGCCGGACACGUUUCAGACGCCGGAAAAACAAUCGCUCGGUCAGAGCAGCAUACAAAUGCCCGAUCUCGAUUCGCUGAGUGCCAGUGAGUCGCGUGGCAGCAUGCAUGGCCUGGCCAUCUUGGCACCCAUACUCCUCUGCUUUUGCAUGAUGAUAAUCUACAUCUUGUUCGGAGCCGUGGUUCUCUAUCGCCUCGAGGAUUGGCCCCUCUUGGAUGGCAUAUAUUUUUGUUUCAUGAGUUUAUCCACCAUUGGUUUCGGCGAUAUGAUGCCAGGCUUUCGUCGUGAUUCCAAUACCACAAUAUGGUUCUGUUCCAUAUACAUUAUGUCCGGCAUGGCCCUGACGGCCAUGUGUUUCAAUGUCAUACACGAAGAGAUUGUGAAUCGCAUUAAAUUUGUGGUGGAAUUUAAGAAGACAUCGAAUCUGGAUACAACGAAUGAUGAGCCGACCAGCUAUUAUAUGCCACCUUGACAGCCAUACAACGAGAAGAAGCAGAACUUGUAUCAACGAAAUCCCACCGAAGAGACUUUGGUAACGGGCACACCCACAUCACUGGUCUUUGGCACCCACAAUGACUCAGAUUUGGCGAAUAUUCACCAAUUAAAGGAUUAUGUUAAUCACGAGUUAGUGCCUAUUCUGACAAUGGAUCCAAAUGCAACGGCUUCAACAUCAACUAAUCUACUAAAAUCGAAUGUAAAUUUACCCCUUAAUAAUUUAACAACCUCAGCAUCGUCCUGUGGUGGUGUUGGUGGUGGUUUGGCCACAUCUCCGCCUAGUUCUUGUCCUGGGCUCAAUAAUAUGGGUAGUCCUUUGAUGGAUACCCUCACGCCUACCACACAAUCAUCGUUGGACUCAAAUGGUGGCAACCUCGGCCUCAAAGGGGUCUAUACCCUGGCCGAAGAACCUGAGCUGGAGGCCCAGGAGACCCAAAUAGAUCGUAUUUAAAAUGUAAAAUUAUAAACCAUUCACCCUAAGGUUGAUAGUAAGGAAUUUUUUUGUAUAUAAAAAUAAAAAUAAAAAAAAUAUAUAAAAUUAGAAAAAUAUCUUUGUUAUAUUUUAGUUAGAGUUAAUGGUAAAUUUAGCAAUAAAUUAAAAAAAAAAUAAAUUAAAAAAAUAAAAAAAAACCGAAUAUUGUGACUGACAAACUGCAACCUAACAUAUAAAAAAUAUAAUGAAAAAAAAUUAUCAUCAGUAUUCUUAAAGAAAAUCUUGAAAAAAAAACUUUUUUUAUUGUAAAAAUAUGAAAGAGUAAAAAUCUUAUAAAAAAAGUUAUUAACUUUUGUACUUUUUAUGUUAAGUAUUUAGCUAAAUGUUUAGAUGAUGUAAUACACACACACACAUUCACAUACACUCAAAUGUAGUUUUAAACAUUAAUCAAUAUAAAAUUAUUUCUAAAAUAAUGCCCAAAAAAAGAACCCAAACAACAAGAAAUAAAAGUAUUUCAUAGGAAAACAAUUAAAAACUACACAUAAAUUGUUAAAACAUUAAAAAAAAAAAUUGAAAAAAAACUAAUUCUAACAAUAAAACAAAAAUUUCAUAGCAAAAAAAAACGAACAACAAGAUGAAGAUACAACAAAACACCGUGUAAAUGUAUAAAUAAGGUUAUAACAAUUUUCAAAAACCCAAUA